GACAAAAGGGUCUAGGAUGACUACCUUUCUUGAGGUUUACAUGAUGUUCCCUGACUUCCACUUGAAAGGUACCCUGUGAGUCUCUAUCCCACAGGCUCCUCCCCACUCCUCCAGGUACCCCUUCCCCGGCGGCUGCAGGAGGAGGAAGUGACGCACCGGAAGUGUCCCUGUUCCCCUUGCUGUGGGGGGUAAGGAAUCAAACCCCCAAGAUGGCGGCGGCGGCGGAGGAGCGGAUGGCAGAGGAAGGAGGCGGCGGCCAAGGCGACGGCGGCUCCUCUUUGGCCUCUGGCUCUACCCAGCGACAACCCCCACCGCCCCCGCCACAGCACCCGCAGCCGGGGUCCCAGGCGCUCCCAGCUCCGGCGCUGGCUCCGGACCAGCUGCCUCAAAACAACACGCUUGUGGCGCUGCCCAUCGUAGCCAUCGAGAACAUCCUCAGCUUUAUGUCCUACGACGAAAUUAGCCAGCUCCGCCUGGUUUGUAAAAGAAUGGACUUGGUCUGCCAGAGAAUGUUGAAUCAGGGAUUUCUGAAAGUGGAGAGGUACCAUAAUCUAUGUCAGAAACAAGUUAAAGCACAACUCCCAAGGAGAGAGUCAGAAAGGAGAAACCAUUCAUUAGCUCGUCAUGCAGACAUUCUUGCUGCUGUUGAAACAAGGCUGUCACUAUUAAAUAUGACUUUCAUGAAAUAUGUGGAUUCCAAUCUCUGUUGCUUCAUCCCAGGAAAGGUGAUUGAUGAGAUUUAUCGUGUGUUGAGAUAUGUCAAUUCUACCAGAGCCCCUCAACGAGCUCAUGAAGUACUUCAAGAAUUAAGGGAUAUAUCCUCUAUGGCAAUGGAGUACUUUGAUGAAAAGAUUGUUCCAAUUUUAAAGAGGAAAUUACCAGGAUCAGAUGUUUCUGGAAGACUCAUGGGCUCUCCUCCAGUUCCAGGACCGUCUGCAGCCCUAACAACAAUGCAGCUCUUCUCCAAGCAAAAUCCUUCAAGACAAGAGGUUACCAAACUCCAGCAGCAGGUUAAAACUAAUGGUGCUGGCGUGACUGUUCUCAGGCGUGAAAUUUCUGAGCUUCGCACCAAAGUGCAAGAACAGCAAAAACAGCUUCAAGACCAGGACCAGAAACUGCUAGAGCAGACCCAGAUCAUAGGUGAACAAAAUGCACGGUUGGCAGAGCUAGAACGCAAACUACGAGAAGUAAUGGAAAGUGCUGUAGGAAAUUCCUCAGGGUCUGGGCAGAAUGAGGAGUCUCCUCGGAAACGAAAAAAGGCCACGGAAGCCAUAGACUCUCUUAGGAAAUCUAAACGUCUUCGGAAUAGAAAGUAAAUUGGAAUGUGGUUCUGGUUCCAGAGGAAGACACAGCUUAGUAGCUUAAGCAGUUAUGCAUAUCAGGAUACUGUGAGCAACAUGGUGUCCCUUAAGCUUCUAGGCUUUCAGUACACAACUUAAACUUGAACUCUUAUGGUUGGGACAUUCUUUUCCUGCUUCUCCUGAUUGAACUGAUGCACAGAAUCUUUUUACUUUGCAAUAGAUUUGUACUAACCAGACCUGUUCUGUCAUGUUUUGAGGAGUUAACUUUUUUCUGUGCAGAUAAUGUUGAAAGUAAGUUAAUUUGUUUCUGCAUAUAUGCACAUACAUAAGGAUCUUAAACCGAGUCUUGACAGACUAGAAGUUAAGUUUAAUACAGAAAAUGUCCUGUUCACUUGAAAGAAAAGACCUACUUUUUAAAUGGACACUAUCUUGGUUCUUUUUUUUUUUAAGUCGUCUUUUUGUUAUAAGUGACCUUUGUCUGGAAUGUCUGAAAAGUAGUUAAUGCUUUUUGGUAUUGAAGUAAUGGGUAACUAAAAUGGACUUCCAUAGUAUUGACUGUAGAAGGAGCCUCUACAGUAUUGACUAUAUAUUUUUAUAAACUACUGGCAAGGAACUUACCCAGCUGUUAUACAUGUUUUCAGUUCUCUUUGGGGGCCAUGUCCUACAUUUGCAUGGAUGGAUGCAUGCAUUGCCUAGUCAACUCACUUAAAAAGCUCUUGCACUGGUAUUGAUCUUGAACCUCUAUACUUCUCCACUUUUUAGAGCGGCGUCUUAGUUUAUUUAAGCACUUAACAUCUUCCACCACAACAGCUUGCCUCUAGAGGGGGAAUUGUUCAUCCAUUUGUCCUCCAGUUUUAUAGGAACAAGAGACUAUUAAAGCCCAUUGCUUUAUCUGUUCUCUGUAGGGUUCAGGUACACUGGCUAAGGCAGAACCCCAAAUUUUGAGGCUCUUUCUAUCAAUAUUGGACCUCUGGGAGCUACAACUCCUCUUUGCUCACCACCAUGUGAUCAUUGGUCAGAUGUGGUGAAUGAGUAGGGGACUGGACUUGCGGGAUACAGUUUUGCCAUCGCAGCAAAGUUCAUUGGGGAAAAUUGUACCAUGAAAAAGCAUUUUGAGGCCGGGUGCGGUGGCUCACGCUUGUAAUCCCAGCACUUUGGGAGGCCGAGGCGGGCGGAUCACGAGGUCAGGAGAUCGAGACCACGGUGAAACCCCGUCUCUACUAAAAAUACAAAAAAUUAGCCGGGCGUGGUGGCGGACGCCUGUAGUCCCAGCUACUCGGAGAGGCUGAGGCAGGAGAAUGGCGUGAACCCGGGAGUCGGAGCUUGCAGUGAGCUGAGAUCGCGCCACUGCACUCCAGCCUGGGCGACAGAGCGAGACUCCAUCUCAAAAAAAAAAAAAAAAAAAGAAAAAGCAUUUUGAUUAUUUCAUUUCUGGAGGAUGACCUUGAGGGAAGCUUUUUAAUAUUAGUUUCAAGCUUUCCUUACCGUACAACUUUAAACAAAAGCUUUAAUUUUGUUUGCACUCCUGUUUUGAGCUUGUAACUGGAAAAGCAUGUCUUGCACUGUUCAACCUCCUGAGUGGUCACUUUAACAACCUCCAAAUUGUGUACAGUGGUUAUUUUCCCCAGUUGUAUAGUUUUGAGACAUUCAAUUAUCACUCUUAGUUGUAUUUUAAUUUACUAAAUUAUGUAGCUAUUUGACUGUUAAGUUCUUUUAAACAACUGUUGCCUUGGGCUUCAGUUAUUUAAAGUAAAUUUAGGUGUAAUAUAGAAAACUGUCCCUUUCCAGGUGGGAGCUUAACACCUGUAUAAAACCUAAGGUCUUGGUAAGUACCUUAGUUGAAUAAAAGCACAAGGUUAUCACCUUUUUUAUCCGUCCACCGUGACAUGGUUAUGCAUCCUUUAGAUUAACCUCACCAAAUGAAGCUUUUUCUAUCCAUUUUUAAUAUUGUCCUUACAUAAUAUUGUCCUUAGAUUUUGAUCAAUUCUAUGUCUGACUUUGAAAUUCCAUUUACAAUGUAGUAUGUUUUCAAUGAAAAACCAUAAAGUAAAAGUAACAUCCAAGUGUUUCAUGGUUUGUUGGGAAGGUAAUUUUAAAAUAAAACAAUUUCCAAAAAACAUUUGUCAGCCAAGGUCAUCCAUAAAAGUCCCCGUCCGGAACUCGUUUUCUCAGCACUUCUCAUUUUUAUAAUCAUAGUAUUUAGCCAUAUUAUCAUAUCUUUAGAGGAAGCCUGGUGGAAUACCCAGGGCCUGUACUAGUCUGCUUUUCCGGUCAUAGGAAGACUUUUUUUUCUAUGUAUCAAAGUAUGUGUUUACAGAUUUACAGAGUGUGAUCCAUAUGCAUCAAAGGGAUACAGCCCCAGACUGUUUCUUUAAUGGUCGUUCAUGAACUAUUAAAAGUUUCCUGAAUUUCUUUUUAAACUACAUCUAGAUAGCCUAAACAUCUGUGUAGUCUUCCAUGAGUUAACAAGUGUAUAUGGCUUUCGUAAUAAGUAGUCACACGUUAGAAGGUAAAUUUUCUAUUACAAAAUCCAAAUUUCUAUUGCAUACACUUACAAUAAUCUAUUCAUAAAGCUAAUUCAUUGUACUUGUUAAUGCAUGAAUGUUCCAUGCACUAGGAGAAUAAAGCACUACAGUUCGGUUGUUCAAAUCUUAAAUCUUAGGCUAUUUAGCUGAAACAUGUUAGGAUAUUGCCUUCACCACUUACUAGGACAGUUAUUUGAUAGCUGUUAUGCUUACCUAUGGAUAGCAUAAUGGUAUUUAAAGUUCAACAAAUCGCAGAUUAUUUUGAUCAGCUAGAACUGACGUAUGUUACAAGAAAACUGUAAAUUAACCUCCUGAGAGAACCAUUUUGCCCUGCAUUUUAAGCCAGGUAUUUAAAUGCUGUGUGUUAAUACUGCGUUGUCUUAGUGCAACAUUUCUUAAAGUAUUCCCGUCAUCUUCCUUGGCUGUUUUUCAGAGGAGACGUCUCCAUGUUAAUGGGUCAUUCCCACAUAGAAAUGUAUUAUGGUACAGCGCUACACACAUGGAUAACAAUGUGAAAAGGCAUGCCUAAGAAACGAAAACGGCUGACCUUACCCCCACCCCAGCCGGAUCCUCUCCUUAUCUCCCACCUGUACUUGGCUUACCUGGUUUUCACAGAUUCUGAGGUUAUAGAACCUGUUGUUUUUCAAACUCCUGUACAGAGCCUGGAAAUAAUGGAGCAAAUGCAAAUGUAUUGAGAGUCAUUAUACUUAGUUUUAAAGACUAUUGGGUCAAAAGCCACUGAUUUGGGAAGCAAUUUUUUUGUAAAACACUUUUUUUGGAGUACUGAACUUUACAGGGGCUUGCCUUAAUCUCUAUUUAGUAGUUUCAAGAUGUAUGCGCAAUUAUUCUACGUGUUAAAAAUGUUAAAAUAUUCUAUGUAGCCCCAAACGUGGGUAAAACAGUAUAAGUAAUGCCUAAAUUAAUAAGCUAAAAGGUGUCACUACAGCUGGAUUUUUGAGAGAAAAUGGACAUAAAACUAGGCUAUGUGUAAUAAAAAUAAUGGCACCUUAGGAUUGCACUAUUUUACGCAUUAUUUUAUAUGCCAUUUCAUAGCCUGCACUUUAAUCUCCAAAGAAACGAUGUAUGAUGUCCCACUUGUUCCUUAUUCUUAAUAAACUUUUUCCUGAGACAGGGCACUUAAUUCUAUUUUACUAUACUGAAUUAGUUUCUUGGAGGUAGAUUGCUUUCUUGAGUUCUCUGUUUCCUUAGCCAUAAUAUUUUCUAGGAUCCGGGAACUCCCUAUAUAUAUUGUCUAUUUCCAACAUUAUAUAAUUUUAAUUUAAUGUAAAUCUCAUACUUGGUGAUCAGCACAUUCUUGUAUCCUGCUCUAGCAAUGAGUACCCAUUUGUUACACUUACCAAACUCUCUAAAAACAUAUACUGUAAGAUUUGAAGCCAGGAAUAAAAGGCAGUCUGAAAGAAAACAUCCUAUACGAUGCAGUUGUUUGGAAAUGGCUAAUUUCUGAUAUGAAACCCAAUUUGAUGCACUGUUCAGUUUUUGACUUGGGGUCUAUCUGAAUUGCUUUAACUAGUACACAAAAGGUUAAGUUAAAACUACUUUAAACUUGUAUAGCCUGCCAUCUGAGGUGAAUUAUUUUCAAAAAAUACUAAAUCUAUGAACUGAGACUAGCAAUUAGUUGGCUGCUCCCUACCAUGAUUUUACUUUUAAUAGCAAUACAGUUAUAUUGGUGAUAAAUAUGACAGGCUUAAGUACUGCCGGCCUUUUGCAUCUUCCUAAGCAUCUUGGUUAAAUUUCUGAAGUUUAAAAAUUAGAUCCAGAUUUCUUCUGUUGUGUCUGAAGAGAACCAUGACAUUUAGAAGUAUAUUGGUAAUCUAUUAGGUCCAUUGGCAAAGUAUAUCGGUCCAUAUUCAAACCUAUUCCAAAAGGUUAGUGAAGUGUUUAAGAUUCCUUUAUUGUGGUACCAUGUCUGUUUACCUAUGCUUAUGAGCAACAAUAAAUUACUAGUUUACCUUCUGGAAUUUUAAUUGUUAUAACCGAAUCAAUUAUUGGAAAGUGAAAAACACCUCCCGGUCACACAACAGGGUACGUAAAUAAAUGUGUUGUUACCAGUG